GGAACCGCCUGGCACCCUGGGUCGUGGACUUUGGCUGCUGUGCGUCCCGUCUGCUCCUCCUCUCCUACCCCCAGCAGGCUCAGAGCCUCACUCCGGGGCGUGUCCUGCCUACCUCCGGCUCACUGUGGUCCACUCUGCCGGCUUCGGCGGCGGCGGAGCGGCGGCUGCGGGAGCUGGAGCAGCGGCGGCGCGAACCGCCCGGGGAAGCAGCGGUGGUGGCCGCGGCGGCCGGCGCUCCGGGCCGGCACCUGUGCGGAGCAAGAGGAGCAGGGGUAGGGUGGGUGGCAGCGGCUCUGAGCCUCGGAAGGAGCCGGCACCUCCCAGCUGGGAUCUUGCUGUUCUUAUCACCCUCUGACUGGCCCGCAGGGAGGGAGCACCGAGCUGGGGACACUGGUGUGGGCUAACAUGUGCAGCAACAGCUAGAGGCCUCGGGACAGCCUACCGUGGGGUCCAAGACUAGAGAGACAAGGCAAGGGGCGGCUGGGAUCAUGACAGCCUCCAGCAUGGACUUCGGGGAGGUGGAAACUUUUCUGGAUAGGCAUCCAGAGUUAUUGGAAGAUUAUUUGCUGCGGAAAGGGAAGCAGGAGCUGGUGGACAAAUGGCUACAGAGGCACAGUCCGGGACAGGGGGCUUCAGGCCUGAAGCCUGCCCUGGCUGGCACUGGUAGCUUGGCUCAGGGUAGUGGCGGAGGCAGCACUGGGAUAGGUGGUGGUGCUGGACCCGGGGGCUCUGCCAACAGCCAUCCCACGCCCAGUGGUGGGGAAAGUGCUGGGGUUCCCCUGAGUCCCAGCUGGGCUAGUGGCAGCCGGGGCGAUGGGAGCCUGCAGCGGAAAGCUUCGCAGAAAGAGCUGCGGAGGAGCUUUGCCCGCUCCAAAGCCAUCCAUGUGAACAGGACCUAUGAUGAACAGGUCACCUCCCGGGCCCAGGAGCCCAUGAGCAGUGUCCGGCGGAGAGCCCUGCUCAGGAAGGCCAGCUCUCUGCCCCCUACCACAGCCCACAUCCUCAGUGCCCUGCUGGAAUCGAGAGUGAAUCUGCCUCAGUAUCCCCCUACGGCCAUCGACUACAAAUGCCACCUCAAAAAGCAUAACGAACGCCAGUUUUUCUUGGAACUGGUCAAGGACAUUUCCAAUGACCUUGACCUCACCAGCCUAAGCUACAAGAUCCUCAUCUUUGUCUGUCUCAUGGUGGACGCUGACCGUUGCUCUCUCUUCUUAGUGGAGGGAGCAGCUGCUGGCAAGAAGAGUUUGGUCUCCAAAUUUUUCGAUGUGCAUGCGGGGACCCCACUGCUCCCCUGCAGCAGCACAGAGAACUCAAAUGAGGUGCAGGUCCCCUGGGGCAAAGGCAUCAUUGGCUAUGUCGGGGAACAUGGAGAAACAGUCAACAUUCCUGAUGCCUAUCAGGACCGAAGAUUCAAUGAUGAGAUCGACAAGCUGACUGGAUACAAGACAAAAUCACUGUUGUGCAUGCCUAUCCGGAGCAGUGAUGGUGAAAUUAUCGGUGUGGCCCAAGCAAUAAAUAAGAUUCCUGAGGGUGCUCCAUUUACGGAAGAUGACGAAAAAGUUAUGCAGAUGUAUCUUCCAUUUUGUGGGAUUGCCAUCUCCAAUGCUCAGCUCUUUGCUGCCUCGAGGAAAGAAUAUGAAAGGAGCAGGGCUUUGCUGGAGGUGGUCAAUGACCUCUUCGAAGAACAGACUGACCUGGAGAAGAUUGUCAAGAAAAUAAUGCAUCGGGCCCAAACUCUGUUGAAAUGUGAACGCUGUUCGGUUCUUCUUCUAGAAGACAUUGAAUCACCAGUGGUGAAGUUUACCAAAUCCUUUGAACUGAUGUCCCCAAAGUGCAGUGCUGAUGCUGAGAACAGUUUCAAAGAAAGCAUGGAGAAGUCAUCUUACUCCGACUGGUUGAUAAAUAACAGCAUUGCUGAGCUGGUUGCUUCGACAGGCCUUCCCGUGAAUGUCAGCGAUGCCUAUCAGGACCCGCGCUUUGAUGCUGAGGCUGACCAGAUAUCUGGUUUUCACAUAAGAUCUGUUCUCUGUGUCCCUAUUUGGAACAGCAACCACCAAAUAAUUGGGGUCGCUCAAGUGCUGAACAGACUCGACGGGAAACCUUUCGACGAUGCAGACCAGAGGCUUUUUGAGGCUUUUGUCAUCUUCUGUGGCCUUGGUAUCAACAACACAAUUAUGUACGAUCAAGUAAAGAAGUCCUGGGCCAAGCAGUCUGUGGCUCUUGAUGUGCUGUCAUACCACGCCACGUGUUCCAAGGCUGAAGUCGACAAGUUUAAGGCAGCCAACAUCCCUCUGGUGUCAGAACUGGCUAUUGAUGACAUCCAUUUUGAUGACUUUUCCCUUGAUGUUGAUGCCAUGAUCACAGCUGCUCUCCGGAUGUUCAUGGAGCUGGGGAUGGUACAGAAGUUUAAAAUUGACUAUGAGACCCUGUGCAGAUGGCUUCUGACAGUAAGGAAGAACUAUCGGAUGGUUCUCUACCACAACUGGAGACAUGCCUUCAACGUGUGCCAACUGAUGUUUGCCAUGCUCACUACUGCUGGGUUUCAAGAGAUUCUGACCGAGGUGGAGAUUUUAGCGGUGAUUGUGGGAUGCCUGUGUCAUGACCUCGACCACAGAGGAACCAACAAUGCCUUCCAAGCUAAGAGUGACUCUGCACUGGCCCAGCUCUAUGGGACAUCAGCAACUUUAGAGCAUCACCACUUCAACCAUGCUGUGAUGAUCCUUCAGAGUGAGGGUCACAACAUCUUUGCUAAUUUGUCCUCCAAGGAAUACAGUGACCUCAUGCAGCUUCUGAAGCAGUCGAUUCUAGCCACAGACCUCACGCUGUACUUUGAGAGGAGAACUGAAUUCUUCGAGCUUGUCAGUAAAGGAGACUACGAUUGGAACAUCAAAAGCCACCGCGACGUGUUUCGAUCGAUGUUAAUGACGGCCUGUGACCUUGGAGCCGUGACCAAACCGUGGGAGAUCUCCAGACAGGUGGCUGAACUUGUAACCAGCGAGUUCUUUGAACAAGGAGAUCGGGAGAGGUCUGAACUCAAACUCACUCCCUCGGCUAUCUUUGACCGGAACCGGAAAGAUGAACUGCCUCGUUUGCAAUUGGAGUGGAUUGAUAGCAUCUGCAUGCCUUUGUAUCAGGCCUUGGUGAAGGUCAAUGCAAAGCUGAAGCCGAUGCUGGAUUCAGUGGCUGCCAACCGCAGGAAGUGGGAAGAGUUACAUCAAAACAGACUGCAGAUCUCUGCUGCCUGCCCGGUCCCUGCGAGUCUCAAGGUGGCGGGCGAGGACAGAGUGUAGAAGACCACCCAAGAGCCUCUGUGCAACCCUGUGACCUGAAGGGUGCUCUGCAGCCUGAAGGAUCUGCUUCCGCAGCCAUAUCCAUCUUUCCUUUCAGUUCAGACAGUCCUAAAGUGUAGACUGCAUAGACUGGACCAAGAAGUGCACCUGAAAGUGUGCUUGGUAGCAGAGGAAACAAAGGAUGAAGGAGAGAGUCGGGCAGAGAACCUGACAGUCAACUCUCCGUGAGGAACCCAUACUACUGGAUUUGGAUCCAUGAACCUGAGGACUACCAGCCCACUCGUGCUGAGUUGAGGGGACACCGUGGUAAAAGUGUCACUAACUAACUGCUUGGCUCUUUUCUGUUAAAGCACUUGCCUUCUUUGCCACCUCUCCUGGAUCAGGCCUUUGUGCCAGAUGGUCCCAAGAAUCCAGAUUUGCCUCUUAGGUGUUUUAUUUCUAAUCCGACUGUUUCCUAGUGAUGCGCUAGGCCAUUGGUCUCAUUCGCCUGUUGGAUGAGCCCCCCCUCCAUAUGAGCACCAACUGACCCCAAUCUUCCCAGAGAGUCCGCAGUAGGAGCACAGUGGGUGUGUUUGUCUGAUUGGUGUUUCACAGGAUCUGCAGUGAGAUUAUGGUUUGCUUCUUCAGUUUUGGGAUUCGGCCUUCAUUGUAGACCAAGCCUUUUCCUAGGAGAAUGGAUUAAUAAUUUUAUUAAAGCCAAGGUAAAGGGGAAUCUACAGCCACAUAUGUACCACAAGUAACGUAUGAACACAGGAACUGCUUCCAACAGAGAGAGAUUUCCCGGGCGCAGAGGAGCCCUGCGACUGAGCACAAACUAGCUUGAGGUGAAAACGUUUGGGGAUAAAAUUUAAGGUACCUCAAUUUUACAUUUUUCCUUAAGUGAAAAAAAGAAUAUUCAAGAAAGGCCAUGAGAUAACAUCUAUACAACCUAUAUCCUCUAGGAAGUCCAGUCUGUACCAGGUGAAAAAACUGCUUUAAGUAGAUGUGGUGACUAGAACGCUGCUUUGAUGCCCGUUUCACUGGAGACACUAUGGACAGGGUCUGUCUUAACAAAAAACACUGGGCGUGCUGUUCUUUGCUUUGCAUCAUGAGUUGGGUGUCUUUGGACAGGUCACUGCAUCUCUCUGCUUCCCACAUUGCCAAGUGAAAUUACACUAGGAACUCAUCUGCAGAAAUCUUAACGUUGAAAAGUUGUCCAAACAAACUUUCCAGGACACAACAUAGCUGAAAGCUGAGGUCUGUUUGGAGCCGGUCUUGGGGGUCCAGAGCCCACAGGUCUUGAGAGUCCAGAGCCCCUACAAAUCGUCAUCUCUUUGUUCACAUACGUAGUGCUCCAGAGAGAGACGCUGAGCACUCUGAAAAUUCCUGGGGAUGUGAAACCCGAGAGUCAGCCCAGCUCUAAACAAUCAAACACUUACAAAACAUUUUUUUCUUCUUAAUUUUACUGAUCACUCUCAGUUACUAACUUUACUUGAAUCCAAAAGAAAUAGCGGUCAGAUGUUUGAAGAUGGGGGAUAAAAUGAAGUACCGAAACAGGAGUGGAGUGAGCUGGCAAUCACCAGAAGGAAGGCAGCUUUGUUAUGGCAAGAAACACAAUAAAAUUAUAAACCAGGCAAAGGGUGGGGCCAGAAGAUAAGGCAGAAGAUUAAGACAACUGCUAAGGAGAGAUGUAAAUCGAUCCGAACAAAGGAAAAAGGCACUUACAGCCCCCUCCCCCCCCAAAAAAAAGGGUGCAGAAUUAUGUCAUCAAUUGAGCAGGAAAGAGAGACAAUUACACAGGGAGAAGCUUGACAAAGGAGAGAAGGAAGGGGCGGGCACACUAAGAAAUAAUGUUGCUAGCUGCCCUUUACAGCCGUGUCUGCAGGGAAGGCUGGGGAGACACAGGGAAAUGAGUGCAAAGAAAAAAAAAUUGCCUCGGCAGAGCAGGUAAGCGGAGGCUGUGCAGAUUUAUGGAUUUUAUUAAGCCAGUUUUCUGAAUCACUCUGCUAUAAAGGAAAAUAGCUUCUACCGAGCUGUCUCCCUCCUUCAGGUGAGGAACAAAGGAUGGGUGGAGUUAGGAACAGACCCUGGUCUGCAAGAUCAUUGUGUGUCUGCAGUUCCGAAGCACCGCAGGUGUUUCUGGGUAGCACACCACACCAUCACAUCCGUUUAUAUCACAGACGGGAAUGGAGAAUCAGUCCGUAUGAGGCUGCAGUGAGCCUACAUCUGUUACCCUUCCUAACAAUAAAUAAAUAACCGGAAAAGGGGAUGCCAGUCCAUCUAAAGCAAAAUUUUUCAAGCACAUGCUUUACAAUAAAACUGGACCCAGUGUCUUCCAGAGACGGCCGGCAGCAGUGAGACAGCCGCUCCCCUCCACCCUGAAUGUUGAUGCUACAUAUUGCUGAGGACAACAUAAUUUAUAGCACAAACCCCACGGCUUCCACUAAGGUUGAGUUUUCCUCUCAUCUUCUUGCCUUUUUAUUGGCUUCACUGCACGGUUGCCAAUAGCAACAUCCACUGGUAGCAAAGGGAGUUCAACACCAUUGCAAUCUGCCAGACAGUGGAGCCCUGACAAUGUCAACCAUCAAUCAAGUAGCUGGUUGUAAUUGCCUCCAUCUAUUUCUCCUGUCUCAAGGUAUCUUUCCUAUUGUGGGUCAAGAUUCAGAAACUGCUGACUAAUGAUGCCCCCGGUCUGUUCCUCCAUGACUACGGAGAAGUGGAGAAGUGGGAGCCCUCCUGAUGCCAAACCCUAGAGGUCAGAGGUUGGAUUUCUAGGACUUGAAGGUAUUUUUAAAGCCCUUGUAAAAUGAUUUCUUUCCCAAUGAACGUGAGUUAUGUGCGAUCCUCGACUACCUUUCCAAAGCACAGAACAAGGAAACUUCCCAGUCCCUAUUUUUCACUGUUUCCUGCUGGAGAAAACAUUUGAAAUGUGAGCCCUCUUCAAAGGGGAAAAAAAAAAAUUCAACAGAUAAAAUUGUCUGCUUCCUCGGGUCUCUCGGCAUGAACAGCUGAGAUGACUACAUCCUGCUUUUGUAUAAGAUGUAUUUUUUCAGAAGUUAUAUCUAUUCAUAUUAGUAAGUAUGUAGCUAAUAUGUGCACAACCUCCAACACAACUGUUGACCUUGGUAGGUGAGGAGGCUUGGCAAACCACCCACGGUACCUACCGGUACACAGCAGAACAGGAUUCCGUCCUAGCUGGCCGCCAAUGGGCCCACCAUCUUGGGACUCUGCAGCUCUUCAGGUUUCUAGCUGUUAAAUAAAAGCCCCAACUUUUUAUUCAGUUUCUGCAUCAAAGGACCAAGCUAUGCUUUGCUUUUGAAACUUCAUCCAGGUAAUUUUCUUCUUUCUGCUGCUCAGAUAAAAUAGAAGCACACUUGAGAGAGUUGUCUUCUCACUGAAGACAGAGUAAACAUUUACAUAGAGAGGGAGUAGACACAAACACACCCUUCCUAUAAAGUGUCUGAGCCGGCUUCUAAGGAAUGUGAAGGAAACAGUCAUCAACACCUGCCUGUAAGUGUGUAUUCCCUUAUUUCAUAAAGAACAGCUUUAGCCAGGCAGUGGUGGCACACGCCUCUAAUUCCAGCACUCAG